UCCCCUCCGUUCUGCCCCAAUGUUCGAACUCUCGGAAUGCCGCCGCACGAGCACCGUGGAGGAGUACUCCAAUCGUUUCCAAGCCCUUCUUCCGCGUGCCGGACGCUUGGAGGAGGCCCAACGCGUUCAGCUCUACACGGGCGGGCUUUUGCCUCCUUUGAGCCACGCGGUUCGCAUCCAUAACCCCGAGACCCUCGCCGCCGCGAUGAGUCUCGCACGCCAGGUCGAGCUGAUGGAGUUGGAUCGGAUCCAGCAGGCUCCGCCCCGGGCCACCUCACGCGCGCUGCUUCCAACAUCGGCGCCCCGAGCGACGGUUCCGGCGGCCCCAGCAUCAUUGGCGCUGCCUGCCCCAGCGCCACCCCUGCUAGCACUUCAGGCGCCGCCACCCAGGGGCACUCCCAACCCGGUUAGGCGUCUCUCGACAGAGGAACAGGCAGAACGACGCCGCCUGGGUCUCUGCUACAACUGCAACGAGCCGUAUUCGCGGGGCCAUAACCGCGUUUGUCGUCGCAUCUUCUUCAUCGACGGCGUUGAAUUGGAUGAGGGCGCCAUGGACGAAGAAGCCCCGGUGUUUUCCCUGCACGCGGUCGCUGGUGUACCCGGCAGCAAAACGAUCCAGCUGCCGGUCCGGGUGGGCGCGGCCGACUUCAUCGCACUCAUUGACACCGGUUCCACGCACAGCUUCAUUGGGGAAGAGGCUGCCCAUCGCGCUGGUGUCCACAUCGAACAGCGUCCACGUCUGACGGCAACCGUGGCAAAUGGCGAGCGUGUUUCCUGCCCUGGGGUGCUCCGUCACGCGCCAGUGCUCAUCGACGGACUCCAGUUCAAGGUGGAUUUGUUCCUUAUGCCCCUUGCAGGCUAUGACGUGGUGUUAGGAACCAACUGGAUGGCGCCAUUGGGGGACAUCAUGUGGAAUUUGGCGGCUGGCACUAUGGCAUUCCAGUAUGCAGGCAGGUCUGUGUGCUGGCAGGGCCUCGCUCCCAAGACCCCUGGUCGUCUCCACUCUGUCGAGGCCAGGGAACCAUUCCUCGACGCACUCCUGGGUGAAUUCCAGGACGUCUUCGCCGACCCAAGUGGCCUGCCUCCGGAGCGGGGCCGGACACACCGCAUCGUCCUCAAGCCCGACGCAACUCCAGUGGCGGUCCGGCCAUACCGCUACCCUGCAGCGCACAAAGAUGAGUUGGAGAGGCAGUGCCACGCCAUGAUCGCUCAAGGCAUCGUCAGGCGCAGCGACUCCGCGUUUUCCUCCCCGGUCCUCCUCGUCAAGAAGAAGGAUGGAUCGUGGCGGUUCUGCGUCGACUACCGCGAACUGAACGCCAUCACGGUGAAGGAUGCGUACCCCAUCCCUGUCGUCGACGAGUUGCUCGAUGAGCUCCAUGGUGCCCGGUUCUUCACCAAGCUCGAUUUACGCUCCGGGUACCAUCAAGUGCGCAUGAGGACCGAGGACAUCCACAAGACGGCUUUCCGCACUCACGAUGGCCUCUACGAGUUCUUAGUGAUGCCAUUCGGCCUGUGCAAUGCCCCGGCAACAUUCCAGGCCCUAAUGAACGAUGUACUGCGUCCUUGCCUUCGUCGUUUUGUACUCGUUUUCUUUGACGAUAUAUUGAUCUACAGCAAGUCAUGGGCGGACCACCUCCGACACCUCCGCGCGGUCCUCAGUGAGCUACGCCGCCAUGUCCUCUUCGUCAAGCGCUCCAAGUAGUGCGUUCGGGGAGCCUUCGGUCGCCUACCUCGGACACACAAUUUCGGCGGACGGGGUGGCUAUGGAUGCGACCAAGGUCCAGGCCAUCCAUGACUGGCCGGUGCCUCGGUCAGCACGGGCGGUGCGCGGCUUCCUCGGCUUGGCAGGGUACUACCGCAAGUUCAUCCACAAUUAUGGCACCUUGGCGGCACCACUCACCAGUCUGCUCAAGAAGGAAGGUUUCUCCUGGGGUACGGAGGCCGCCAAGGCAUUCGAGGACCUAAAGACCGCCGUGACGGCAGCACCGGUCCUGGCCAUGCCCGAUUUCGCCAAGUCCUUCGUGGUCGAGUGUGACGCUUCCUCUCACGGCUUCGGGGCAGUGCUCAUCCAAGAUGGUCACCCAGUCGCUUUCUUCAGUCGGCCGGUGGCACAGCGACACCGCGCCCUUGCAGCCUAUGAACGCGAGCUCAUCGGCUUGGUUCAGGCAGUACGGCACUGGCGCCCGUAUCUAUGGGGACGCCGUUUCUGCGUCAAGACGGACCACUACAGUCUCAAGUACCUGCUGGAUCAGCGCCUUGCCACCAUUCCGCAACACCAUUGGGUGGGCAAGCUGCUGGGGUUCGAUUUCUCCGUCGAAUACAAGCCGGGCGCUGCAAACUCCGUGGCCGACGCACUGUCUCGGCGAGACACUGAAGACGGGGCGCUACUUGCCCUCUCGGCCCCCCGCUUUGACUUCAUCGACCGUCUACGCCACGCCCAGCUCGCCGAUCCGACCCUCGUCGCCCUCCAUGCUGACAUCUCGGCGGGGUCUCGCCAAGCACCUUGGGCGCUCGUCGACGGCAUGGUUCACUUUGCCGGUCGGCUGUACAUUCCGCCCACAUCGCCGCUACUUCAGGAGAUCAUGGGGGCGGUCCAUGAAGAUGGCCACGAGGGCGUCCAGCGCACCCUUCACCGGCUCCGUCGUGACUUCCAUUUUCCCAACAUGAAGCAACGGGUGCAGGAUAUGGUGCGCGUGUGCACAGUGUGUCAGCAAUACAAAUCCGAGCACCUUCAACCGGCGGGCUUGCUCCUUCCUCUACCAGUGCCACAGGGUGUCUGGACGGACAUCGCGAUGGAUUUUGUGGAGGCCCUCCCUCGCGUCCGCGGCAAGUCGGUAAUCCUUACCGUGGUGGAUCGGUUCAGCAAGUACUGCCACUUCAUCCCCCUGGCGCACCCAUACUCCGCUGAAUCCGUCGCCCAGGCUUUCUUCACCGACAUCGUUCGUCUACACGGUGUUCCGCAGUCCAUCGUCUCUGAUCGGGACACGGUCUUCACCUCCGCAUUUUGGCGCGAACUCAUGCGCCUGUUGGGUACAAAGCUACACAUGACGACGGCGUUCCACCCCCAGUCCGACGGCCAGUCCGAGUCGGCCAACCGCGUCAUCGUCAUGUACCUGCGGUGUUUGACGGGGGAUCGGCCACGCCAAUGGGUCAGGUGGCUACCUUGGGCUGAGUACCUCUUCAACACGGCGUUCCAGUCCUCCCUGCGCGACACUCCGUUCCACGUGGUGUACGGGCGCGACCCACCCUCGAUCAGAUCCUAUGAGCCGGGCGACACCAGGGUACAAGCAGUCGCGAAGUCCAUGGAGGAGAGGGCGGAGUUCCUGGCCGAUGUACGCUACCGCCUCGAGCAGGCACAGGCGACGCAGAAGCUGCAAUACGACCGCGACCACCGCUCGGUCAGCUACCAGGUCGGCGACUGGGCUCUACUUCGUCUUCGGCAACGAUCGGCGUCCUCAUUACCACAAGAUAUGGGUGGUAAGCUCAAGCCACGCUUCGUCGGGCCGUAUCGCGUCGUGGAACUCAUCAACGAUGUCGCUGUCCGCCUUGCUCUUCCGGAGGGCGCCCGCAUCCACGACGUCUUCCACGUGGGCCUUCUAAAGAAGUUCCAAGGCGCUCCACCCGAGGUGAUACCGCCACUGCCACCACUUCGUCAUGGCGCCAUCGAACCAGAACCUGAGCACGCGGUGCGCUAUCGUCUCGCCCGUGGCGUUCCACAGGUUCUCAUCAAGUGGAAAAACUGCUCUGCCGCGUCGUCUACUUGGGAAGACACCGACACGUUCCGCACUAGGUUUCCCUCCUUCCAGCUCGAGGACGAGCUGACUCUCGACGGAGAGGGAGAUGUCAUGGUCGGGCGCACGUAUGUGAGGCGAAAUCGUGCCCGUGACGUGCGCCGCGCCCUAGAGCAAGCAGCGGCCAGGCAGGACAGCUAAGGGAUAGGAUAGGAUAGCCUGCUGUUAUCCAGUUCCUUAGAUUGUGGAGUGCUGUUAUUCAGUUCCUUAGAUUAGGGAGUUCCUUAGAUUAUGGAGUUUGUUGCUCCUUUCGGUUGGGCCUCUGGCCAUAUAAAACUGUAACCGCACAGGAGAUAAGAAAUCAAGUAUUAUUAGCCUA